AUGCUCCCAAAAGACCUGCUUGUUAAGCCUCUACUGAGGAAGUCCUAUUCACUGCCUUCUCGUGGCGGAGGUGUUUUUACUGAAGUGAAAGGGCCCUUAAAAGAGGGCGCUUUGGAUACAUUUGUGAGAUUGUUGAAUACACCUGGUGUCGUGGCGCUUCUGGCAGCACGUGCUCUGUCUCUUCUGGCGGAUACACCAGAGGCUCAGACACUUAUCACAAAGAGCAGUCCUUCAGUUCUUUCGAGACUGUUUAUGACCUUUAGGAUGAAAGACAAUGAGAUGCAGAAAAUAAUCCUGACAACUUUAGAAACGUUAUCUUUCAGUAGCGAAGAGCUGAGGCAUCGUAUUAUUCAGGAAGAACAGGGAGCUGGCAGACCGAUUCUAUCCUUACUAAAACCAGGAUGUGAGCAGAACGACCAAAUACUCCUAAAUGCUGUUAAUUUAGUUGGUAAUCUUGCUAUAAGUGCUUCGGAUCAAGGUAUACUCCAACCGUACUUGACUGGCCUGGUUAGACUGUUAGAAAACCCCGUUGAGGAUCGAGUUGAACUUCUUAUUUCAAUAGCUCGUGGGCUUGCCAACUUCGCAGACUUCGAAAUCAACUCACUUGUUCUGACUAACCAACUUCCUACUAUUAUUGACAACCUCACGAGGCCGGAAGUUGAACUACUCAAGCUACACACCUGCCGUCUAGUGACGAACUUAUUAACUUACGAAACGUCAUAUACAUCUGAAAUGUUAAUCAUGCAUGGCGGUGUUUUGUACCUGCAGACGUUAUUUUUGUUGCCUAACAUGAGAGAUUUAGUCAACAAUUGUAUUAUACGAACGGCACCCCGCUUGAGUCAACACCGUACUGACAAAGCUUAGUAUGUGUGUACGAGCUUAGAUCACUGUUGUUACUGGUUGAAAGUCAACAUUUGGUUUAAUUAAGGAACAAAAGAAAAGGAGAAACAGGUGAUAAUGAAGGUACAUUGUAGUUAAAAAACUUAUUCAAGCGGAGUUUUUUGUAAUUAAUUUUUUGAUGUAAAAGAUAAAGAAAUAAUAUGUGGAGUAAACUCGUAAUGAUGAUUAACCUAGCAUGUUUAAUAAAGAUGGAAAUAAAUAAAUAAAUCGUACAUAUAUUAUAUAAAUAUAAGAAAACUCGAAUUCUCUCUUUUUCUUACCAAACCGUUAUAUUUUAUCAAACUCUUCUGCUAUUUAACCGGUUUCAUAGCAUCACAGGUUACUGUUCAGUAUAAAAACUAUAAAAACCAGAAUACAACUAAAAGUAACACUUUUUGUUUUUUGAAAAUUAAUACAAUUAAGUUUAAAAUUUAUAUAAAACUUAUGAAAUCUCAUAUACGUCUGAACUGUACCUUAAGUAUACUGUGGAUAACUCCAAAGAAACAUUAAAGUUAUUCAGGACUAUGUAAGUAAUACAUUUUUCAGCAAUAAUAUCUGUAGCCUGUGAAUUUUAUGUAUUGUAUUAUAGAAAUUUUACCGUUAAUGUUAAAAAUAUUUUAAUAUUAAUUAAAUUUUAACCUCAAACUUUAGUAAUAAGAUAUUUUAUUUUCUAGCCUGAGUUUUUUAAUUAAAAAUACAAAAUUAUAUGUUUGAUGAAAGUUUAAACUUAAAUUUAUUAUUUUUCAAAAAGAUGUUUAGAUUUUUCAGGUUUUAAUAGUUUUUAUAUCGGAGAGCAAGAAACCUACGAUGCUACGAAAUCGGUUAAAUAAAGAACGGUUUGGUAAAUAAAUGAUCAAUUCGCGUUUUGUUAUACAUAUUCAUCUUUAAGUGUAUAUCUAUCUAUCUAUAUAUAUGUAUAUGAAUCACUUUUAUAAAGUAUGUUUGAAAAUAUCCGAGUAAUACGUGUCACGUGAUAUUUAAACCAACUGUAAUUGGAAGAUAACGAGACACUGCUUAUUGGCUCCUUGAACAAAAUAAACGAAA